GCAGUCUGCAGAGCAGUUUGGUUUCACGCUCAUUGGAUAAAGUCUUUGACGUCACUUCCUUCUUUCUCUUGACCCACCGCCAUAGUAGCGAGAGGACUGUGGAUAAAAUGUCGUCCCACAAGACUUUCAGGAUCAAGCGUUUCCUCGCUAAGAAACAGAAACAGAACAGACCGAUUCCUCAGUGGAUCAGAAUGAAGACUGGCAACAAGAUCAGGUACAACUCUAAGAGGAGACACUGGCGUAGGACUAAGCUUGGCCUGUAAACAUGAGGUGUUUGAUCCCAUCAACCAACAUCUGCUGGGACCUGACCUGUGGCUGGAGCAGUUAUCUAAAACACCAGUUUUUUUGUUUUUGUACAGAUAUUCUGCUUUGCUCACGUUUGACAAUAAAAACUGAUCAGACU